GGCGCCAAAAUUAGCGAAGGACCGCCGCCGCCCCUUCACGGAACCCGCGGCCGACUCCCCCUCCGCCUUCCCCGCUCGUCCGCUUCUCCGCCGUCCGCUCCUCCACUGCAUGGCCUCCACCCCUCCGACCCUGCACCUCGGCUCCUCCACCCUUCGGCCCCACGCCUCGGCUGCUCCGCUCGUCCAGCCUUCGGCCCCACGCGCACCGCGGCCGCCGUAUCUCCCGUCAUCUGAUCACCCACAACGGUGAUGUGGACGACGUGGUGCGUCUUGGAGGCAGUUCCAUUUCUGGCGUUACGGUGAGGGAAUGCCACAACGUGGUGGACGCCACUGCCGUGGCGCUCCCGUUGCAGGCCGGAGUCUGGACGCCUAAGCUUCUUGUUUUGCUGGGUUUGGUGCAAGUGGCCCAUAUGUUGCGCAGAGGAGCACUGGUGAAGCCUAAGAACCCUUUAUGUCGAUGGGGGCGGUCUCGAGGGAGGUGUCGUCAGCAUGUGAGAGGCUCUGCUUCAUUUGCCCAUCACUGCGGACGAGGUCCCGCCAUCCAGUCAAGCGCUACAAGAAGUUGCUUGCAGAAAUCUUCCCUCGGACACAGGAUGAAGGACCAAAUGAUCGCAAGAUAGGGAAACUGUGCGAAUAUAUUUCAAGGAAUCCUAUGCGUGUUCCAAAGGUUUAUUUCCUUUUAUGCUUUGCCCGUAUAGUUUUAAGUGUAACAUGAGUUCAAUUAUGAAAACCAUCGUGAAGUCCCAUUACAGAUUACAGUUUACUUAGAGCAAAAAUGCUACAAGGAAUUUAGGGCUGAGCGCUAUGGUUCAGUGAAAGUUGUUAUGGCAAUCUAUCGAAAGGUGAUAUGUUCUUGUCAGGAGCAGUUGUAAGUUUUUCUACUUGUAAACAUAUAUGCAUUUUCUCUUUUGCAUAUGCCACACAUUUAUAGUUUCAAAGCGUUAUAAUUUGCUCUCUUCUGACAGUUUCUAAUUUUUUCUUCAAUGAUUGUUAUUUGUUUUUGUCAAUUUUGAUGGACCUUGCUCUAUGACACCAUUUGAAUUUGUACUUGGAGCAAAAAUUUAGUUCUUUUUCGUAUAACGUGCUCUUACUCAUUUUUAUUGGAACUUUAAUAAGAAUUAGUUUAUAAACAUGAACAAUUACUGUAAUGGGUGAAGCCAUUGAUUUGCAGGCCACUUUUUGCCAACAGCUUGCUAACAAUUGUAGAGACAUUAUUGGAGCAAAAUAGACAGGAUGACUUGCGGAAAUUAGCAUGUCAAACACUUUUUGACUUUAUAAAUAGUCAGGUUGACAGUACUUACAUGUUCAAUUUAGAAAACCAGAUUCCUAAACUAUGUCAUCUGGCCCAAGAGAUGGGUGAAAAGGAGAAGAUAUGCAUUCUUCAUGCAGCUGGGCUACAAGCUCUUUCAUCUAUGGAAAAGAUAUGUUGCCUCUUAGGACCUGCUUGAAAGAGGAGGAUUUUUUUUUGUCAAACUUGAACUAAAUCCUUUGGAUCUUAACCCUUCUUCCUCUUACAAAAAGAUUUGGUUUAUGGGUGAGCACUCCCAUAUGUCUGCAGAGCUUGAUAAUGUUGUUUCUGCAGUUCUGGAAAAUUAUGAGAGCCCAUAUGCAAAUGCUGAUAAUGAUGCUGCUGUUGAGGAUAUUCGAACUCAGUGGGUGGAUGAAGUGCUCAAAGCCGAAGGUCAUGAACCUCCUGCUGUUACCAUUUUGACCAGGGUUCCUUCAUGGAAAGUUAUUAGAGCUGUUCAUGGUGAAUUAAGUUUGACAAUAGAAGAAUCAACAAGCCCAAAUUUUUGGUCAGGGAUUUGUCUACAUAACCUUGCUAGAAUAUCCAGGGAAACAACAACAACGCGACGAGUUCUGGAAGCUAUAUUUCGUUAUUUUGAUAAUAACAAUCUAUGGUCACCUUCUAAAGGAUUUGCGCUGUGUGUCCUGCUGGAUAUGCAGAUUGUGAUGGAGAAAUCUGGACAGAAUGCUCAUAUAUUGUUGUCUAUGUUAGUCAAGCAUCUUGAACACAAGAAUGUAUUGAAACAACCAGAUAUGAAUCUAGAUAUCAUUGAAGUUACUUCACGCCUUGCUGAACACUCCAAAGCUCAGUCUUCUAUAGCACUAAUGUCUUCAAUAAGUGAUAUGGUCAGGCAUAUGGGUAAAAGCAUGCAAUCCUUGGCCAGUGAUGCAGGUCCUGGAGACAACAUGGUCAAAUGGAAUAGCAGAUAUGGGAAAGCUGUAGAUGAAUGUCUUGUUCAGUUGUCUAGAAAGGUCGGUGAUGCUGGACCUAUCCUUGAUACGUUAGCUGUAGUACUGGAAAAUAUUUCGAGUUCUAUGAUUGUUGCACGGUCUACUAUCUCUGCAGCAUAUCGCACUGCUCAAAUAGUUGCAUCAUUGCCAAACUUGUCACAUCAGAGCAAAGCAUUUCCUGAGGCGUUGUUUCAUCAACUUCUUUUAGCAAUGCUCUAUCCAGAUUGUGAGACACAUUUAGGAGCACAUCGGAUUUUCUCUGUUGUUCUUGUUCCCUCUUCCGUUGCUCCGUUUUCAUUUGCAGACACUUCACAGACAAGGAAGAUUGAUCUCCGAAGGACAUUAUCUAGAACAACAUCAGUGUUUUCAUCUUCUGCUGCUUUGUUUGGGAAACUUAAAAGAGAUAUGCUUUCAUUUCGUGAAAGUGCACUCCAGGAUAACACAAAGCUACUGCCCAUCAGUGAGAAUGCAAAUGAGAUCAGUGCAAAUGAUGCAAAAUUAUUCAAGUCACAGACUAUUCAAAGGAUGGUUAGUACAAGAGAUAUUUCUCUCCCCUCUUCCACAGAUACAAGUACUUCGAGUGAACCAACUUCAUAUCAGGAAAAGGAUGCUGUCACCCUCAUGCUCAGUGUUCGUCAGGCAAAUCUUCUUCUUUCCUCCUUAUGGACUCAGGCACUGUCACCUGAAAAUGUUCCACGGAAUUAUGAAGCAAUUUCUCAUACUUACAGCUUGAUGCUAUUGUUUUCUAGAGCCAAGGGCUCAGGUGCUGAAGUUUUGGUUGGUAGCUUUCAGCUUGCUUUUUCAUUAAGAAGUGUUUCAUUACAAGCAGGCUUUCUUCCACCUUCACGCAGGCGUUCUCUUUUUACUUUGGCAACUUCAAUGCUCGUGUUUUUUUCGAAAGCUUUUAACGUUCUUGCGCUCAUUCCAGUUGUGAAGCAAGUGUUGACAGAAAGUACAGUUGAUCCAUUUCUUUGUUUAAUAGAAGACUGUAGAUUGCAGGCUCUUGAUAGUGCUAAUGAGUCCUGCACGAAACUCUAUGGUUCAAAAGAAGAUGAUGAGCUAGCUCUGAAAUCACUGUCGAACAUUGACAUGAAUGAAAAUCAGUCAAAAGAAACAUCAGUGCCUCUUAUACUUGACAGCUUGGAAGAUAUGUCGGAGUCAGAAUUGUCUGCUAUUAGGAAACAGUUGCUUGAGGAAUUUUCAGCAGAUGACAGCUGUCUGGGAUCUCAUUUUACUGAAACACCUUCACAGUAUCCAGCACAAAAUGGGAAACUGCACCAUAAGUCUAUGGAGGUUAUUCCAUUGGGAUUUGUUUUUGAAGAUGAUACUCUCGCUGAAGCAUCUGACAGCUCAGUAGAACCUCACUUGCAACAUCCGCCAUGUAACAACAUUCUUGAUGUCAAUCGGCUUCUUGAUUCAGUUUUGGAAACAUCUCAGCAUGUUGGAAGGUCGUCAGUGUCAACAAACCAGGAUCUGCCUUUCAAGGACGUAGCCAACCAAUGUGAAGCACUUCUGAUUGGGAAGCAGCAAAAGCUAUCUGCGUGCAUGAGUGUCUGUGAAAAAGAGGCUGGUGAAUCUUCCGUCGAGCAGUCAUCUCGGCAGGAUCCUCAAGCAGAUACGUUUCUCUGCACAGCUGAUGAACAAUGGCACCCCAAUUCCUGUAAGCUGCCAGCGCUGUGUCCCUACGACCGGUUCCUUGCAACGUCUGGGUGCUAAGAUGAUCUCUUCUGCGAUGUGGAUCUCUAUAACCAAGAACGUGUUCAGUGGACGCCUAAAAAUUGGUGGUUCCAGAGCUCAUGCAUGCUAAAAUAUGUGCUGUCGUGUGUGAGUGCCAGAUGACAUGAUUUCCCUGUUUUGUAAAUGGUUCUCGUCUACCAUGCAUGGGAAAUAUAGGGGGUGCAUCAUUGAGUUUAUUUCAUUGCUUUUGACAGAACCAUUCUAUCUCUCUCUCAUGCUUUGUACUAAUUAUUAGCAAACGACGGAUGAUGAGGGGCAGAGAAUCAACCCAUUUUAUUUCUCAAAAUAUAAACAAAAAAGAGUGAAAAAUGAUGAA